AUGUCUCGACCGAAUCUACAGACCACGGUGCUGCUGGCCAGUGACUGUCCCGCCAAUUGCCUUAAUGAGGUCCCGGUUAUGUUGGGUAUUGACGAGGCCGGUCGAGGUCCUGUGAUGGGUCCCAUGGUCUACGGUGCUGCCUAUUGGCCCGUGUCCGAGAACGAAACCAUGUGCACGUUGGGCUUUGAUGACUCGAAAGCCCUGAGCGCCGAAAGCAGAGCGCAAUUAUUUGAAAAGAUGCGAUCUACUGAAAGUCUCGGGUGGAUCGUGCGACUCAUUUCGGCCGCUGAGAUCUCGGACAAGAUGCAGCGCCAGACCAGCAAUUUGAACGAAAUCUCACGUGACGCAGCCAUUCAAUUGAUCAAUGAGGUGCAGAAGAAAGGAGCAGUGGUGAAGAAGGUGUUUGUGGAUACAGUGGGUGACCCACGUUGGUAUCAGAGCUUUUUGACUAAACACUUUAACGGAACUAUCGAGUUUUGCGUUGAAAAGAAGGCUGACAGUCUGUUCAAGGUGGUGAGUGCUGCGAGUAUUGCGGCAAAAGUGACGCGCGACCGUGUCAUUAGUGACUGGAAGUGGGAGUCGGCGUUGCUUGACCUUCCAACGGACUUUGGCUCUGGAUAUCCCAGUGAUCCUAAGACGAAGACUUGGUUGACAAACCACAUGGACGAAGUGUUUUUAUUCCCAAACAUCAUCCGCUUUAGCUGGGGCACUAUCGACCCGUUCUUUGAGAAGGCUGUGAAGGUCGAAUGGCCUCACGAGAAGGAGCUUGACAAGGCCAAUGCUCCAGCAGGGACUCAGUCCAUCGCUUCAUUCCUCACUACAGCUCCAAGGAAAGCUAAACCUAUAGCCACACGUGCUGCUUUCUUCACACAGAGGAAUAUGCACGACGUCAUCGAUUUCUAG